UCAGAUAUGUUUAGAUCAGCAUCAGCAUUAAUCGUUGUAUUAUUAGUUGCCAGCGUGUUGGGUAACUCCACACCACAGAGCAUCAAGAUCUCGUUGACUGAGGACCAGGCCUCCAUGCAGGUCACCUGGUACACAGACUCUGAGGGCUCCUCGCCAGUGGUCCAGUUCGACUCAAAGGGCUUCGACCCAUCGUCUCUGUCGGCCUCGCUCAUCCAGGCCAAGACCGUCGAGUUCACCGAGAAGCUCUGGUCCGGCUACACCAACUACGCCACCAUCUCGCAGCUCAGCGCCAACACUGUCUACUACUACGCCGUCGGCGACCAGAAGACUGGCGUGUGGAGCGAGCUGUUCAACUUCACCACCGGUGCCAUGAGCGCCGACGUCGUGCCCUUCAACUUUGUCACCUACGGCGACAUGGGCGAGGGCGUGGACAACUCCACCGUGCACAACGUCAUCAACAGACUCGACUCUUUGCAGAUGGUGCUGCACGUCGGAGACAUUGCCUACGCCGACCUCCAGUCUGGCAACGAGGGCAAGUACGGCAACCAGACCACCUGGAACAUGUUCCUCGAGGAGAUCACCCCAAUCGCCACGCGCAUCCCAUACAUGGUGUGCCCAGGCAACCACGACAUCUUUGACGGUGUCAGCUCCAACUACCAGAACAGCUUCAUGAUGCCACAGGGCUCGUCCGGCGGCAACUGGUACUCCUUCGACUACAACGGCGUGCACUUUGUCGGCAUCUCUUCCGAGACUGACUACUCGUCGACCUCGCCACAGAUCGCCUGGUUGGAGAGCGAGCUCAAGUCAUUCCGCAAGGCCAACCCAACUGGCUGGUUGAUCGCCUUCUCCCAUCGCCCAUACUACUGCUCAUCAGACUUUGGCUGGUGCAAGGACGACCAGAGCAGAUACGCCCUCCAAAAGACCGUCGAGCCACUGUUCUACCAGUACAACGUCGACCUCUUCAUCGCCGGACACUCGCACGAGUACGAGCGUUUCCUGCCAGCCUACCAGAACGAGGUUGCCGGCACCUACGAGGACCCCAAGGGUCCAGUGUCCAUCGUGAUCGGCACUGCCGGUUGCCAGGAGGGACUGAACCCAUCGUUCCAGGAGCCCGCCCCAUCCAUCUCGUCGGGCGUCCGUCUGCUCACCACUGGUUUCGGCCAGGUCUCUGUCAUCAACUCCACUCACAUCCAAUGGCAGUUCAUCAAGGACAACACCAACGAGAUCCUUGACGAUAUCUACUUCACCAAGGGAACCUUC